GAUCCGGCGGAGGCGCCUCGGCUGCCGAGCGAGCGACAUGGCGUCCGCCUGGAGGAGAGCCUCAAGUACUCAGCGGCGCAGGCGGCGGGGAUGAGAGCGGCGGCCGGGCGCUCGGGCGCGGCCAGAUGUAGGAGUUAUGUCAGCAGUAGGGACCACUCAGCAGGAUGUGAUUUUAAACUAUGAUGGCACUUUCCAUGGGACCACUGCAUUUCUGCAAACUUGGAUGCAGUUUUAAACUAUGAUGGCAUUUUUCAUGGGACCACUACAUUUCUACAAAUUUGUGUACAUCGGUGCUCUGAUUUCUGCUUUGUGCAAUUUAAUUGAAACAUCCGCUGAACUCAAGUUGAAAAUGAAGGCACAGGAUUUUGAGCAUAUUUUAACAUGGGAAGCUGGAAAUAAUACAGGGACAGCCACAUGCUACAAUGUGAUGUAUAAAGCGGGAAGGUCCAUUUGUCCUUGGCUAUCAAAAUCGGCGGAGGUGCAUGAUUCUUCUUUCAGUAAGUCCAAGUCCCAGCAAAAUGAGGCUCCAGUAUCUGGGGAGCUGGCUAUUUGUCCAGCUGGUGCAUGGUCCAGAACAGGCAACAACCGUUAUCCAAGACUGAAUAUGAAGAUUGUCACGGAGUGUUCCAAUAUCACACGUUCAUUCUGUAACUUGACAAAAGAGUUUACAGAUCCCUGCAAGUUAUACAUAAUUGUAGUGGAUAAGGUCACAGAAAGUGGAGUUGAUUCCUCAGCUAUUCAUUUCACUCCAUAUCUUGACACAUGCCUAACAUUACCCCAGUUUGAGAUUUCUGCUUGUCCACGCUGCGCAAAUGUGACAGUGAAACUUUCCUCCUCGUUACUUCAAGUAUACCAAGAGCUUGAUUAUACGGUCACAGUGAUAAGAGACAAUGUCAAGGAAAAGCGUGUUGUCAAUACAGCCAGACAAGAGAGUUUCCACACUGUUAUUGGAGAUUUGAGUUUCAAUAAAAAUUAUUGUAUUGCUGUUGAUGUGAAAACAAGUCUAAAUCAUCAGUGCACUCCGUCUGUCCCCAAAUGCAUUAUGCUCAGCUCCAGUAAUAUAUCAGGUCAUAUUAUAUUUCCAGCAUUGUUUGGCAUAUUAAUGUCAUUGGUAGUAGUACUCGCUCUAUUUGUCCUGUAUAAAACGGGUUUUAUUUGCUUAAGAUGGAGGAAAUGGCCAAGCGUCUUGAGCAUCAAACCAAAAUUAGACUAUUCCCUUUUUAAAUCAGAACCGGAAGAAGUGCACACUGUCCAGGUCACCCAAGAAAGUAAAAAAAAAGUAUGUGGAUACAAUUCCGAUGAAGAGGACAGUGAAAGCAUUGCUGCUGGAAAUGAUGAUUUAUAUGCUGCACGUGUAUUUUUGGGCCAGACUUCAAAGGACAAUGCAGAGCCACCCUCCUUAGACUGCUCAUCCGCUACAAGUAAAAUAGCUGACCCCCAGGAUGAUGAAACAGAAAACCUUCUGCUCAUAGGCUGCUCAUCUGCUACAAGUGAAAUGCCUGAACCUGUAGAUGCUGAAGCAGACAACCUUCAGAAUGAUAUUAGCAAAGAAGAAUGCCCAACAUUUCAACUAUUUCACCCUUCUCCUGAAGUGGACUCCACUAAUGAGCCAGACCUGGAGUGCAGCAGCUGUUCCAACAUAAACUUAGAUACUGUGGUGCUAGGAAUAUCUGGGAAAAAUAGGGACAUUUCUGCAACAUUAAGCCCUUUCGAAGAGGAUGCAGCGGACUCGAAAGAGUUGUGUGUUUCUGAUGCAUUUGAACCAAAACAUUUCAUUGAUGCUCUAGAAAUGCAGAACUCUGACAUUCAUAACCUCUCAGGUUCCUGGCAAAAUUCUAAUGGGUCUGAAGAAAGUGAGUCAUCGGAUUCAGAAACGGACUAUGUUGGUGAAUACAUGAGGAGAUGAAUCAAAGAUGAAUCAAUGAAUGCUCAAGUUAGCAUUUUUCAGCUUCCAGUAAAAUAAUGUAUUCUCAUGUCAUGGGACUGGGUGGGAUCUGCUGUCUAAUGCUAUCAGUAUUGUACAGGAACAUAUGAAAAUGCAGUGCUGUUGUGAAUUCCCGUAGCAUUAAUAUGGCUUUCUCUUCAAUGGUUUUUGGCAAGGCAUGGAUUAGUCAUCUUCCAAAAUAACAGAAACCUUGCCUGUCUUGUUACAAUGAUCAACCAUUGCACUUGAUCAUCAAGUGUUCUUAGGCAUGAUAUAACACUUUGCUGGUAAUUGGUCCAGAAUUCUUCUCCUGUUUUCCUGCCAGUGACCUUUCAGACCCCCAAGGUUCAUAGCCCUUUAUCUAUACCUCAGUUUAUUUUGUGAACCAGAAUGUUUACUGCCAUCACAUUUAAUAUCUGUCACCUUACACUUGGACAUGAACUUCAGUGGUCUUUUUUCACUGGUCCUAUUUGUUACCCAUGUCUGUUUUUCUUUAUGGGGAUGAAGUAACUCUCACCCUUCCUUAUAUUAUUGGCAAGCUUUAAACCGGUUGUGUGAUCCUUUGCUUGACAAGGGCUCCAGUGAUGUGGUUAGAAACGAGGCAAAAAGGUAUACUAUUGUCCCUGAACUCUUCCUGCCUGUCGUGGGAUAAUUUUUUAUCAGUUUCUCAUUCUAGAGAAUCUGAUUGUAGCAAUGGUCUGGAAUGGAUGUUGCAGCUACUCUGUGCAGGGUGAGAGGGAUUUUGAGCAGAGAUGUGUUUAAUCACCAUUUGUCCGCUCCAAAUUGUCCCUGAAGUGGGCAGGAGCCACUGGCCUUGUUUCUGGUCAGGCAACUUCUGUAUAGCUUAGUGGUAGGCUCAGAAAUGCGAGCCUUUAAUGUGAUCAACCCAGUCCUACUCUGCCAAGAGAGAUUCAGUGAGCUCCUUCAGUGCCAACUUUUAAAUGCCUGUUGAAAACUUUUCUAUUCCACCAGGCCUAUGCAGGUAAUUAAUUGAAGAGUCUAUCCCCCACAAUGCUGUACCGACGGUUGUUUUUAAUUACCGGGUUUUUUUGCCUUGGUUUUAACUUUUUAUUGUUUUACUGUAUGGUUUUUUUAUAUUGUUGUAGACUCCUGUGAUUUUUUUUAAUGAUACAAUGGUAUAUACGGUAAAUCAUUUUUAUAAAUAAGGGAAGAAGGCAUGGAGCCAUGCCAUACACAGAGCAAAACAAAUGUAACUUUUGCUCAAGGGAUUUGUAUAGCAGCUCUCUAAACAAUUAUUGUAAAGAUGUUCCAUGCAGAGGCAGAGGAAGGGCUUAUUUUAAAACAGCUUGAACAGUAGCCAUUACAGGAAAUGAAAACAACAUGGGGGAAAGCAUCCAGCUAAACCUAGCCUAAACUACGCCAGUGUUUGGCAUCUUCUGUUCCUGGAAUCUGGAUGGAUAGCAGCCUGUUAGCAUUUUUCUUCAUUUUAGCAUUCUUUGCAAGCUUUAUUUCCACACAUUAUUUUAAAUGUAUCCUCCCAACAUUUUGGGCAGUCAGAAAGGCAGGAGACUUCUGUUUCGGUUUCUCUUUUAUGUAACUUCUUGGGACUCCUCCUACAAUAGUGUUUAGGUUUUAUUUUCCUCUUAAACGUCAGAUUCUUGGACUGAACAAUGGACCCUUCUGUGAUUUUCUGAGCCUCCUUGUCAGAACAAACUAAAACUCUUUGACAACCCCAAACAGGACACAAAAUGGUUUAAACAGUUUCAUUCCUUCACAGUGGGAAAGAGGAACACCCUUCCUUGCAAUGUUCUUUGUGAUUUCUGAGCAUCCUGAGAACAAUUGCCUCCUUCAUGGGAGCAGACCUGCUGGCCAGUACUUGAAAGAGCAGGUUGAAGUUCUUGCCAUAACUGGACUAAGGAAAAAUAAUUCCAGAAUAUUUUCUUACCCAGCAGAAGUUCUUGCAGUCACCUCGGUAUUAUAUGUUUUUUCUCUGUACCUAUUUUAAAUGUUUAAUAAUGUUGUAUGUCUUGAAGUAUCAUAACUACUCACUUUGCACAUAAGUUUUACUAAAGUAAUCUGAAAUUA